AUGGAAGUCAUACUCUCAUGUCUGCACAUCAGCAGUCAACUUUUGAGCAAAGGCAAGUGGCCAAAGACCAUACUUCAUCUCCGUCUGCUCUUUACACAUAUACCCUACUGCACCAUUAGGAAGAAAGAAUGGGGGAUGGCACCAGAAGCUUCUCGGAAGUCAACUUUCCUUGCAUCUCUCAAGACAACAUUCACCUUCACUCAACAGGCAACUGGUCCACCAAAGCAGCUUCCGACUGCACUAAACUCUGGUGUAUACCCAGAUGGCCCACCUAUGCCCAUCCGCUCCACAAAGCUUCUUAAGUAUGUGGAUACAGCUGAGGUAGUGCGCGGUCCACAUGAUGCUCCCGGGCAUUGGUUGGUAAUCGCUGCUCAGCUAGUCACAGAUAAUGGUAAAAUUGGUUUGCUUGUAAAGUAUGCAUUGUUGGAUUAUUCACAAGAGUCAUAG